UGCACCUUUACCUCUGGACUGCCGAUAGCCAAACCCUAGAAUCGCACAAUCGCACGUAGCAAUGGCUGGAAGAGGAAAGGCGAUCGGAUCCGGAGCCGCGAAGAAGGCAACUUCAAGGAGCAGCAAGGCCGGCCUUCAAUUCCCGGUCGGCCGUAUCGCUCGUUUUCUCAAGGCCGGGAAAUAUGCUGAGCGAGUUGGGGCCGGAGCCCCGGUCUACCUCGCCGCCGUUCUAGAAUACCUUGCUGCCGAGGUCUUGGAGUUGGCUGGGAAUGCUGCCAGGGAUAAUAAGAAGACCAGGAUUGUGCCAAGGCACAUUCAGUUAGCUGUGAGGAAUGACGAGGAACUCUCUAAGCUUCUGGGCACUGUGACAAUUGCUAAUGGUGGCGUUAUGCCUAACAUUCACAACCUUCUUCUUCCUAAGAAAGCUGGCGGUGCGUCCAAAGCUGGUCCAGCUGAUGAUGAAUGAAGAUAGUUAGAAUCAAAAUCUCAACUUUUUAUUAUUUAAGUUGUUUAAUAUUAUUUAGUUUAUGUUAGUAUUGAUGAUCAAGAUAAAUUUCUUUGUACCCCUGGUUAUGUUUUGUUGUUGGACAAGUUGCAGUGAAUAUAAAAGCUUUCAAUUUUCUGAUA